AUGGCUUCGCAGGGCUCCCAGGCGGCGCAUAGUAGUGGUGUUUUGGGUCAAAACAGCAGCCAAGGCCGUCGACGGAGAACAAUUUGUUAUUGUAGGGAGAGGCCAGUGCUUGCAACUUCAUCGACGGCAGAGAACUCGGGACGGAGGUUCUGGGGCUGUGUUAACUAUGGGAUUGGAGAAGAGUGUGGAUACUUUGUGUGGGCAGUGUCAGAGCAAGAGCCACAAGUUGCAAGAUUGAAAAGAAAAGUCACAACCUUUAAGGGUAAAGUGACAAUAGUUGAGAGGAUGUUGACAUUGGCAGUAGCAGUUGCUCUGUUGUAG